CUCCAGUUCUGCCGGUGCACCUGUUGCGUUAUUGUGCCAUGACCGAGGAGCUCGUAACGUGCGACUUAACAUGCCCAUCUUCACCGACUGGCUCGGAGAAGACUUCGGGUCGCUUAAAAACUGAGGAGAUGGAUUUCGAGCAGCCUAUUUUCUCCGUGUUGAGCGGCGCUGAGAAACGGCAGGAGCAGGAGGCGGACACCGCGGAGGCGACCUCACCGGCUGGGACCACCGCCGACUCCGAGUCCGGGAUCUUCUCUGGUGAAUAUGAGGUGUGUGUGGAGCAUGAAGCUGAGCUCGACUGGUUCUGUGGCACCGAGCAGAAACUCAUCUGCUCUCACUGCGCCAUCGUGGGUCCCUGCCACGGACACACUGUGACCCCUCUGGCCACCAGAGUAACCGCAGUCAGGAACCAACUGGUGGAUGUGUGUGAAAAAAUGCAGCUGCAGGCACAGAGGAUUGAGAGGUUUAUCGACCAGACGCUGACAGCCAAAGAGCAAAAGCUUCAGGUAGUGGCGAGCAAGGCGAGGGAGCAGAUCUUGGCUCAGGUCAGCGCAGCACGUGAGGCCCUGGAGGAGGAGGAGCAGCGUCUCCUGGAGAAGGUGCAGAGAGAGGAGGAGCGAGUGGAGCAGUGUCUCCUCACCCAGAGGGCCCACUGGAGCCAGGCUUUGUCGAGGCUGACGCAAACGCGCUCCAGCCUGGUGCACACGCUGACACACACUCCAGACGCACAGCUGGUGACUAGUGUCCAGGAGAUAGCUGACAGGGUGGAGGAGGCCGACGGGGUCGGGGAGCCAUGUGACACAGACCAGCUCAACCUGAACCCAGACUGCAGUGACAGCAAGCUGCUGAGAGCUCUGUGGGCCACUGCAGUGCUGCUGGGGCCAAGCGCUUAUGGACCAUCAUCAAAGUUUGAUGAGCGCACAGUGAGCCCUCUCCUGUCCCUCUCUGACGACUUAUACACUUUGACCUUUCACAAAAAAGCUCGCCAACUGCAGCUGUACGACCCAGCACGCUUCGACUGUUGGCCCAACGCUCUGGGUUCACUGUCCAUGUCCUCUGGCACCCACAGCUGGGUGGUGGAUGUGGGUCAGAGUGGUGCCUUUAAGGUGGGGGUCUGCUACACCUCUCUGGAGCGCAAAGGCUCUGGAAACGAGGCCCGACUGGGCCACAACAGUCAGUCUUGGGUGCUGUCUCACUACGACGGGGACUACUCCUUCUGCCACGCGGGGAAGAAGGAGCCCCUGCAGGUGGCGAGGAAACCCCAGAGGAUCGGCCUGCUGCUGGACUGGCCGAGUCAGACGCUGUUGUUUUAUGAGGCGGACUCCAGCACCGUGCUGCACACUGUCACACAUCACUUCAGCGCCGCGCUGCUGCCGGCGUUUGCCGUGACGGACCGCAGUAUCACCAUACUGCAUUGACACAAAGCACACUUAAUGAAAAAACACUAAAUGACCUAAACAUGUGAAGAAAUGCCUUUCUCUAAUGUAAAUAUGAUCAGCAGCUAAAGAUCCUCCAUAUGCAGUUAUGAAAGGCGUCAAUUUCUAUUUAUUUUAUUAGUAGCUGCUGAUUCUCUCUCUCUUUUUUUACCAUUUUAAUGAUUCAAUAGAUUUUGAUUUAGAGAUAAUGAGAUAAUUUAACUUUCUGUUGAUCAUAUUAUACAGCGGUGCUGUAACAACAUUUUGUUUGACUGACGAUGGUUGUAUUUUUAAAAUCUUUUUAAUAGCAUCAGUUUGAUCUGUGAAGAAGACUCUCUAUGGAAAAUAUUAAUAACACUGGUUGAUCCAGGAAUGUUGUGUGACAA